GUGUGGAUGGCUUGACAGGUAACAUUCAGUUUGAUCAGUAUGGGAAGAGAAUUAACUACUCAGUGACAGUUAUGGAGCUGAAGAACAAUGGACCUGUUAAGAUUGGCUAUUGGAAUGAAGUGGAUAAAAUGGUGGUGACAAAAUCGGACCUUUACCCAAACGACACCAUGGGAAUGGAAAACAAGACAGUAAUUGUUACAACAAUACUGGAAGCCCCUUACGUGAUGCUUAAGAAGAAUGCCGAGCUAUUUCAAGAUAACGAUCGUUACGAAGGUAUGUAUCAUAAACAGAACUUCGUAAAACUUUUUUUUAGAUAUGCUGCCUCAUGGAAUAAUGUACAGAAGGACGUGAACUUGUCAGAGCUGAUUACUAUGGGGGGAUUUAAGUCAAUCUUAAAUGAUUGAAAAAUUUUUACUUUUGGUCAAUGUGAUUACUUCUAACUUGUCAUUGGAAUUGUUUCAGUAAAUUGUCUCUGUUUAUGCAUCAUAAUAGCUAUUUGUCCCUGACCUUGUCUUCCAUGUUAAGUGGAUAUUUUCUUCACUCAUCUGUAGUGUGUGACACCUGUAUCCAUUUUUAUUAGCUGUUGUAACAAUGUUUAUGCUGCCCUCUUGGCCAAGUCAUGCUUGAAAAAGAGAUUUUGGGGGCAGACGUGUUGUCUUUGAAUGCUGGACUCUCUGUUUUUGUUGUAAGAUCUCUGCUAAGUGUUUAUCUUUCACCUCACCAAAAAGUAGACUGUGAACAUGUCUAAUAACACCUUGCACCUUUCUCUGUCUCUGUCCUU